AUGCGCCCGACCAUGACCCUCGAGCGGUGGCUCGACGCGACGCGCCUGAUGCUACAGCAAGAGCGCGACGCGGAGAUCGCGCAGUCCAAGCUCGAGAACGAUACGCUGCCCGCAAGCCUGAACCCGAACGUCCUCCUCCAUCUGCGCUUGGCGUCGGCGACAACCGGGCUCUUUGGCCGGACAGUUCUGCUGCUCACGCAAGGCCAGAACCGCGAGCUGCCGGCGCACCACUUUGGCAUUGGCGACCUCGUGCAGCUAAGCGUUCCGACGGCGUCGCUCACGCCUGCGGAUGCGAACGGCUUCCCGCGAGGUAUCGUCACCAAGGUCGAGGAGCACGCGAUUUCGCUUGCGUUCGAGGACCUCGACAACUCGGAUGAGUACCACAACCAAGCGCUUCGGCUCGAUCGGCUCGUGAACGACGCCACGUACCGCAAGCUGCACGAGGGCAUUGACCGGCUCGCCAAGUACAACGACGGCCCGGCCAUGAACAUCCUCAACGUCAUCUUUCACGGCGUCGAGCCGCAGACCAACCCGAUCUCGCCCUUGACGCCGUCGCGCCCGAUGAACGCGUCACAGAUCGCUGCGAUCGAGUAUGCGCUCGCGUCCAAGGACAUUGCGCUCAUCCACGGACCGCCGGGCACGGGCAAGACGACGACGGUCGUCGAGCUCAUCACGCAGUGCGUGACCAAGCACAAGAUGAAGAUCCUCGUCUGCGCGCCGUCCAACAUCGCGGUCGACAACGUCCUCGAGAAGGUCGCGGCGACCAAGCCCACGUUUCGCGUCACGCGCAUCGGCCACCCAGCACGACUAUUGCCGCAAGUGCUGCAGUACUGCCUCGACGCGCGCAUUGCCUCGGCCGACGGCACGGCCAUCAUCGCCGACAUCCGCAAGGAAAUGGGCGCGCUCCAGACCAAGAUGGCGAAAGCCCGCAAGCAGCGCGCCAAGUCGUCGGGCGUCUACGAGAUGCGCAGAGAGUGCCAACUGCUCCGAAAGGAGAUCCGCGACCAAGUCGUGCGUGAGAUCGUCGAACACAGUGACGUGCUCUUUGCUACCAAUGCGGGCGCUGCGACCAAGCUCCUCGCCAACCUCGUGUUUGAUGUCGUCAUCAUUGACGAAGCGGCGCAAGCCCUCGAAGCGAGCUGCUGGAUCCCGCUGCUCAUGGGCAAACGCUGUGUGCUCGCGGGCGACCAUUUGCAGCUGCCGCCGACCAUCAAGUCGGACGUGGCGGCGCGGGCGCACAUGACGCUCUUCGACCGCAUCACGCGCAUGGAGACAACCAAGGGCGUCGUCAAGAUGCUCUCAACGCAGUACCGCAUGCACGCAGCCAUCUCCGACUGGUCGUCUCAUGCCAUGUACGACGGCAAGCUCGCCAGCAGCGACGCGGUGGCGACGCGCUUGCUUGGCGACCUGGCGCAUGUGACGCACACGACCGAGCUCACCGCGCCGACGCUGCUUUUGCUCGACACGGCGGGCUGCGGCCUCGACGAAGACCAAGACGAGGCGCCCACGCACGAAGCGCUGCGCGUCUCGAAAUCGAACGCAGGCGAAGCCACCAUCGUCGUCGCGCACGUCCGUGCGCUCUUGAGUAUCGGAUUGCGCCCGGAUGAGAUCGCGGUCAUCACGCCAUACAACGCACAGGUGCAGCUACUCAAGCGUUUGCUCUUGCCGUCGCUUCCGCGUCUCGAGAUCCGGUCCCAAUCCAAAAAAACAGUCGGGUUCUUGGCCGACGACCGUCGGAUGAACGUCGCGAUCACGCGCGCGAAGCGACACGUGGCGCUGGUUUGUGACACGGACACGAUCGGAAAGCACCCGUUUUUACACGCACUGGUCGAGCAUUUCGAAGCGCACGGCGAGUACCGCAGCGCGGAAGAGUACUUGAGCGCGACGCGGGACGAGACGACUGCCAACAUGUUUGAUUCGAACGCGCUGCUCUCCGAGCUGCAGAAAGACGCCAACGAGGCGAAAACACCCAAGGCGAAGCCGACGACAAAGCUGGCACACGUCAAGAAGAGUGCUCUCCCCACACAAGGACCGCCGACACCCCCAACGUCGGUGCCAAGCCCCCCAACGUCGGUGCCAAGCCCCCCAACAUCGGUGCCGACGCCGUCCGUACCCGUAGCGACACCUCCACCAGCGCCCAUCAACGCCCCGGGGCAUGUACCGGUGACUGAAGACGACGAGUCGGAGGACGAGCCGCCGCCAACAUCGACAGCGAGCGCGUUUGGAGCACUCGUCGAUGACUCGUCCAGCGACAGCGAGCCCGAUCAUCUUGGCGACGACGAGGCAAAGCCAGCGGCUACGAACAGCCUGCUCAGAGACCUCCAUAAGGAACGUGUGGCGCGGCAAAAGGCGCUGGCGGUGCCGAGUGCAGCAUCGUCUGCCAAGAAGAAGAAAGGGAAACAAAAGAAGGCUCCAGCGAGCAUCCCAGUGGCGCCGAUCGCAGACAAGGCGCCGGACGAAGACGACAUGGCGUUUCUCGAUCGCGUCGCGACGCAAGCGACCGUCUGCGGCGUAGCCUCGUGCGCGCAGCGCAUUACGCUCAUGGGCAGCGUGUGCAAAUUCUGCCACUUGAAAUUUUGCUACUCGCACGGCCUUCCCGAAGUGCACGGCUGCGGACCGGCCGUGCGCGCGUUCGAACAAGCGCGGCAUAAGACAGCGUCGUCGGCCGUCAAGAGCAACUCGUACCAAGCCAAAGAGAAGCGCAAGCUGCUGCAAAAGGCCCUCGACGAGAAGCUGGCGGCCAAAUCCACCGACCGCAAGUCGACAAAGGCGACCAAGGCCAAGGCCAAGCCAUAA